UCCAGCAUCCACACACACACACACACACACACACACACGACACAGAGCUCUCAGACGCUUGUACCGCCGGGGCAGCGCUAACCACCAUGACCAUCAAAAAUGCUAUGCGGGAUCAUGGACAGAGGUACCGGCCUCGGAUGGCGUGUCUCAAGAAGGCGGAGGCGGUGCUGCUGGAGAUGCAGGAUCCCAAAACAGGAGUUAAGUCACAGCUGCAGAGACUGGUUAUCACAACUAUACCCCACGCUAUUACAGGUGAAGACAUCGUUGCAUGGUUAGCCAACAAAUUCAACAUCAGCGCAGAAGAGGGGAGGAGUUUGGGCACUAUGCUGGUGGCGCUUGGCUAUAUCUACCCACUACAGGACCACAAACGCUUAGUCGUCAAACCAGAUGCAUCCCUCUAUCGCUUCCAGACACCGUAUUUCUGGCCCGCGCAGCAGUGGCCUGUGGAGGAUACAGAUUACGCAAUCUACCUGGCGAAGAGGAACAUACGCAAGAAAGGGAUCCUGGAGCUGUACGAGCAGGAGCAGUAUAACCAUCUGCACAAAUGGAUGAACCACAAAUGGGAUUUUAUAGUCAUGCAGGCUAAAGAACAAUACAGAGCAGGUAAAGAGAGGAAGAAACCAGAUCGUGCGGUGUUUGACUGCCAGGAGAGAGCCUACUGGGUGGUUCACAGACCUCCGCCAGGGACAGUCAGCGGGAUGGACUAUGGACUAGAUCGCCUUAUAGAUCCGAAUGCAGAAGAGAUAACAACACCUGACGUCUAUGAGAGAAUUAUGAUCUUUACCCAGCAGUCCAUCAUGAGGCCCAGGGUGAAGUCAUCUGUGUCCAUCGGAGCGCUGGUGAAAUUCGUCACUACCCAUAAGAACCACGACCCCUUCCUCGCCCAGUGUCUUCCCAGCAACCCUUGGGUCACUGACGAUGUCAGCUACUGGACCUUGAACAUGGCCAAUGUGGAAAUACCAACCAAGAUGCGUGUGGAAAGGUGGACCUUCAGCUUCGUAGAGCUGCUGGAGGACCCUCGAGGACGAGACGACUUCAGAUUCUUCCUGAAGAAAGAGUUCAGCGGUGAGAACUUGGCCUUCUGGGAAGGCUGUGAGGAUCUGAAGUGGGGCGCUGCGGCAGGCAUGUCAGAGAAAGCCCAGCACAUCUACAAGACAUUCCUAGCGCGUGGCGCCCCCCGGUGGAUCAACAUAGAUGGAACUACGAUGGAGGCCACGGUGAGGGGCCUGAAACACCCGCACAGAUACGUCCUGGACGCAGCUCAGACUCACAUCUUCAUGCUCAUGAAGAAGGACUCGUACGGCCGGUACCUGAAGUCUCAGGUGUUUAAGGAUACGACGAAGAACGCCAUCAACCCUGAGGAGCAGAAGUUCACUGAUGCCCAGUUGGACCAGAACGCAAGGAACCGGCGGCCCAGUCUCAGCCCCAUCGCCAUCCGGCAGAUGGAGCUGGAGCAGAAGGCCAAGCUGGCGGCCAGCGGCCCCGUCGAUAUCACACAGGUCAUGAGCAAACUCAGCAAGCAGGGCAAGGACGCCCCCCCUCCUCCUCCUCCUAAGAAAUGAACCCAGUGCAUAAAUUGAAAUGCAGCAUGGGUUUUGCACACAAACGCUCAGGGUUGGGAUUGAUUCGCUGUCAUUUUAGUCAAUAAGUCAUUUCAAAAUGAUCCAAAACAGUAUCUCACUUGCUAAAAAUAGUGUGAAUGUUCAUGUCUUUAUCUGAUGAUAUGACGAUCUUCUUGAGCAAAUGAAAGAGAAUUAAACCCAACCCCGCCAGUCACUGCAAUGUUGGUAAAUGGCCGGAUACAUCUGCUAAUUUGCUAAUGUUACAGUGAUGAAGUAGUAAAUUUGUUGCAAGGUCUAAAACAAUUGGCAGCUCAGUGUUUGAGAGUGGAGGGCAUCUGAAAUGGGAGCUCUGAGAUAAAACUGGAAAAGUGAAUGUAGUACCUUAUUAUGCUGUACAGCCUCAGGCGGUUGUGGAAGGAGACGUGCAGUAUGUAACAUGCAGCUCUAACUCAGCUGCCUGGUGUUAAAACCGGCGUUGGAUAUCUAGGUGAAAGUAGUAGAGAGCAAUCUAAAUAGAGAUAUGAUAUGGAUUCUGUGAUUGAAUGUAUUGAAGUCAGUGUCACUCAAACCAUAGUCUCAAUAUUAAGAUACAUGAGUCUGGAGUUGGUGUCAUCUUUGCUAAGGACAAGUACCUUUCAGUGCAACGGAACAUGUUUUCAUACAUCGUUAUUUGUUUUGCUUUCAAUUUUCCAUGGUUGGAUCUGUUUCUACAAGCUGUACCUGUUGUCUCUUAUGUUGUUUCUCAUGUUGUUCAUGUUUUAUUGUCCGUCUUCGCUGUAUGUUUUCCUCGUCAUCACUCAUACUCCAAUAAAACACUCAUGAACCAU